GUAGGCCUUGCAGCCAGAGCUGGAGUGAGACACGUCCUCAAGCCCCGCCCCUUCCGGUCCUAGCGGCGGCCAUUUUGUGGGAGCGAGAGGAGGAGAAGGGCUUCUUCGGCAGCAGCCGCUUCGUCGCCGCCACCGCGAAGGAGGAAGAGGAAGCCCCGCCGCGGCCCUCCCUCAGCCGCUCUCCGACCCAGCGCCGGCCGUCCUUCCUUCCUUCCCUCCGUCUCCGGGGAGGCAUCCAGGCAGCCAUGCCCUCCUCGCCGCUUCGGGUGGCCGUGGUUUGCUCCAGCAACCAAAACCGCAGCAUGGAGGCCCACAAUAUCCUCAGUAAGCGUGGUUUCAGCGUUCGAUCCUUUGGUACUGGGACUCAUGUAAAACUGCCAGGACCAGCUCCGGACAAGCCAAAUGUUUACGAUUUCAAAACAACAUACGAUCAGAUGUACAAUGACCUGCUUAGGAAAGACAAGGAACUGUAUACACAGAAUGGGAUUUUGCACAUGUUGGACAGAAACAAGCGGAUCAAGCCACGGCCGGAGAGAUUCCAGAGCUGUAAAGACGUCUUUGAUUUGAUCUUGACGUGUGAAGAAAGAGUCUACGAUCAAGUAGUAGAAGAUUUAAAUUCUAGAGAACAGGAGACCUGUCAGCCUGUACAUGUGAUAAAUGUGGACAUUCAGGAUAAUCAUGAAGAAGCAACAUUGGGAGCUUUCCUUAUCUGUGAACUAUGCCAGUGUAUACAACAUACGGAAGACAUGGAAAACGAAAUAGACGAGCUGUUACAGGAAUUUGAAGAGAAGAGUGGAAGGACUUUUCUGCACACUGUCUGCUUUUAUUGAAAGCAGCCCUGUCUCCUUUUCUAGGCCUUACUGCAGACCAGAGACGCAUGCGUCCGUUCCGACUCGGCUGGACUUUGCUCCCCUCCUCUUGGAGAACGGACUUUACAACUCAUGUCACUGCUGCCCUUUCGUUUUCUUUCCCUGCUGCAUUUUUUUUUGGAGGGGUUUAUAGACAUGUUUUGUUUUGGUUUUUUUGGUUGGGAGGGGAUAUUUCUGUCCAGACGCAGAAAAACAAUCUUUACACCCAAAAACGAAAGGCAUUCUAUACAUGAGGCUGCUUUAUUUAAAGAGAUUUUUUUUUAAUCAAGAUUUUUAAAGCCCCUUUUCCCUCCCCGCUUCUGAGACCCUACUUGAAUUGUAUUUUUUGGGUAGGGCUUUAAUUAUAGAGAGAAUUUCCAAGAUGAUAUAUAUCCUUUAUAUUUUCCAGUGUAAAGGGUUUAUUUUGGCCUUUUUUUUGCGUGGGGAGGGGUUGGUUUUGGUUUUGUUGCAAAGAGUAGGGGAGAUGCUUUUCUUUUAACGAAACAAGACUGAACGGCUGGGAUAGACAACGGUAUGAAUGGGAAAACGAAUAUCUGUAUAAUAUUAGGAAUGAAAUGGGAAGUAUCCAAUAAAUAUAAAUGGCUCGCCUUC